CAGAUUGACCCUUUUACUGAGAGAAACUUUUAAAGUGGUUAUCUUCAAAUGUCCAUGGAGCAAGACGUACGGGGAAACCAGUCUGCUGAAACGAGGACCGCUGCGGACGAGAUGUCAGACAUCGCGAUGGUUGAUUUCGAGUCCUACGUUAACGUUGAGCUCGACGUGGAAAAGAACAACGAGGUUUCUGAAGCGGGACAUCACGUCUCCAGUUCAACCGAAGCUCAGCUUCCAAAUGAAGACGAGAGUGCUGAUGAUGAUGAUGAUGAGGGCGAUGAUGACGACGACAGUGGCACAGACCAUUUGAACACUGAAAAGUCAGGGUCUCAGCUGCAGAGAUGUGAGCGCCAGAGAGAAGUGAAUUCAAGUCUUCCUGACACCUUCCAGACCAGCCACCUGCUGUUCUACGAGAGGUUCAAAGCGUACCAGGACUACAUGCUCGGAGACUGUAAGCCGUCCGAGGUAAAGGCCUUCACGGCAGACUACCUGGAGAAGGUGUUGGAGCCCUGUGAUUGGUUGGCUCUGUGGUCUAUUGACGUCUUUGAUGUCCUGGUGGAGGUGUGCGAUCUGGACUUGAAGGAUCUGAAGGCGUGUGUGAGGCUGGUGCUGCCUCUGCAGUGUGACACCAGAGGCUGCGAGCUCACCGAGGAGGCCAUGAAGUCCCUGCUGGAGGCCACGCAGCACAGACUCCCCCUGCACGAGCUCCUCGUGGUCUACGAGCAGUCUGGGGACUUUGAUCUCACGGCCCUCGCUCUCGAGCACCUCAGGUUUUUCUACACCCAUAUCUGGAGGCAGUGGGACGAGGAAGACGAAGAUGAUGACUUUGACUACUUUGUUCGUUGUGUGGAGCCUCGUCUCAGACUCUACUACGACAUCUUAGAAGACAGAGUCCCACUAGGCCUGGUGGCCGAGUACCGGUCCUUACUGGAAAAGUGCUCCCAGUGCUUCCAGCAGUUCUCUGCUCUGCGCAGAGGGCUCAGCACCGACUCCGACACCGAGCUGGACAACGUGUCUAUGGUGGAGGGCCUGAAGCUCUACGACCAGCUGGAGACAUUCAAACGCAAGCUGCACAUCAUCGAGAACCCCCUGUUGAGAUACGUGCUGGGCUACAGAGGUAAUGCCAGUCAGCGGAGUGUGCAGAGCCGUGGAGCCAGAGCGUCGGGUGUGAAGGUGGUCCAUGUGGUCACAGCCUCCUGCAGCACCGUCCAGCUCCAGUCCCUCCUCAGUGACCGACUGCUGCCUCUGUGUUCCUCUGAGGACACUGAGAUUCAGUUUUACAGAGACCCAGUGUCAGCGGUGGAAAUGUGCCAUCAAGGGGACGUGGUCAUUGUUCUCCCGGGAAUCUACGUUGUCAGCAGCUCCAUCUUCCUCCCGGACUCCAUCACUAUAGAAGGCUUCGGGCUCCCUGACGAGGUGGUCAUUGAGAAGAAAAACAAGGGCGACUCAUUCGUGGAGUCCACGGGGGCCGAUGUCAGACUGUCGAACAUCAAGUUCAUCCAACACGACGCCAUCGAGGGCAUCAUGUGCGUGCGCCAGGGGAUGCUGCACAUGGAGAACUGUGUGCUGCAGUGCGAGACCACCGGCGUGAUCGUCCGCACAGCCGCGCGCCUCACCAUGAACAUGUGCGACCUGUACGGCGCCAAGGGGGCCGGUGUGGAAAUUUACCCCGGCAGUGUUUGCAGUCUGGUGGGUAACGGGAUCCACCACUGUAAGGACGGGAUCCUCAUCAAGGACUUUGCCGAUGAGCUCGAUGCGAUGCCGUCGAUCACCAUGGAGAACAACGUGAUCCACAACAACGAAGGCUACGGGGUGAUUCUAGUGAAGUCCAACAACGGGCAGCAGCCUGGAGUUCCCCUGGACACAAGUGGCGGUCCCGCUGGACCGACCGCUGAGGACAAACAGCCGGGCGGCGUCACCGAUCCACCAAAUGCGACCAGCAGCAGUUCAGCGGAGGUCCAGCCCGAGUCGGCAGAGAACCACAGCGGCAGCAGCAUGGACUGUGACGCCGCCGCCUCGGGCAGGAAGUGGCACUUGAUUCGCCAGCUGAGCAGAAACAAGGAGACGUCGUGCAGCCGAGCGGUCCAGGACCUGAUGGACCACCAGAUCUUUGUCUCUAUUCAAGGGAACCAGUUCAGACGCAACGGCAUGGGCGACCUCGGCACCUUCUUCUACUGACCGCCGACUUCAGACCGUCUCCGGGGCUGCGGCGGGUCUUUUAACAUCCCUCCAUUGUUUAUUGGAUGAGCGCGGUUUUCAUUUCAUGACAUAUUGCCGUUUCACAGCAGAGACGAUGGCAGUGUGUUGUGAUCAGUGAUCAGUGAUGUGUGUGUGUGAGAAAGAGACCUCUGGGUUUGCACAAAUGCUUUUAUCUUAUUUAUUCCUUUGGGCUCCUGAUGCUAAAUAUUUGAUACUUUUUUUUUUUUUACUGGAUUAUGUUUGAAAUCCACUCGUCACUUUGAGAGCAAUUGUUACGUUUCCACUUAAGAUCUAUUAAAUGUAUCCCAUAAGGUGGUGGCUUGUUUGAAAGCGGUGCACAGUUGAUGAUGCCGAGUUCACUCAAAGAUGUAUCUCUUUUUUUUCACGAUUGUCACACGGUGCCUCUGUUUUUAAAAGUUUGAUUUAUUUUGUGGCCGAGGGAGGUCUUCAGGCUCUGACGGUAGAAGUCCAGUGAAAAUGGAAUAUUUUAGGUAGCCUGAUACAAAUGAGUCUUACGUUACUUUUAGAAAGUCACUGAUGAAUGUCCUCCAGAUUAAACUGUUGAAACCUC